AUGACUUCCACAGCCGAUCCAGAGGACAAUAGUCUUCCUGUCCACAUCACAGGAUCGCUCCCCCAACACCCGCCAACGUAUAGCACGAUUGCAACCUUCCCGCCUGGCUCCUUUCUCGAGAACCUUGCCGUCCGUCGUGAUGGCUCGAUCCUCGUCUCCGACAUGUUGAGUGGGAAUAUCUGGUACAUUAACCCUCAUCCAGAGGAUGGGAACACCCGGGGAACUGUGGAGCUGGUUCACAAUUUUGAGCUCGAAGACGCGCAGGUCGAGAAAUCAUUGACAAUUGACGGGGCUGACGAACAAGGAGGAGGAAGCGAAGGUCACGGUUCCUAUGCAUCCACCCCUGCCGCAGAGGCAAUCAUCGAAUCCCCAUUCACCCCGGAUUUAUUCUACCUGUUCUCUGGUGUGCAUGGCAAGAAGGGCACAUGGUGGGUCUACGAGUUGGACGUGCGAUCAUUUCUGCCCUCCACGAACCCUACGAAGACUUCGAUCACAGGCCAAGUGGAUGGUAAAGUCAAAAUCAGGCGUCUCGCCCCAGUUCCGGCCGCGACGUGGCUCAAUGGAGGCACUGCUGUCCCUCACCGCUCAGAACCCUUGAUCUUGAUGGCCGAGUCGUAUCAAGGACGUGUGUACUCGUACAAUAUUGUAUCUGGGCGCGUGGACAUCUGGCUUGAGCACGGGCUCUUGGGGAAAAUUACGACACGACCACCCUGGCCUGGUGUCAACGGAGUCAAGUACCAUCACGAUGGGACAGAUGGCUGGAUUUAUUUCACGAACUCGGACCGCGCGAUUUUAGGACGCGUAAAGGUUGACUAUCAAGGCGUAACGCCAGUCGCUGCACGCAAUUCAGAGGCGCAAAUCGACAUCGAGAUUCUUGCGAGUGGUUGUUGCGGUGACGACCUCUGCAUCGACGGAGACGGAAACAUCUAUGUGGCGACGAACCCGAUGAACACGGUGCUGAAAUUUCCUCUACUUGCUGCGACUCCCAGAGCCGGUUCAGGAGGAAAGGCAGAUGCGCAGACAGAGCGUCAAGUCAUUCUUGGCCUGUACCGGCCUCAGUUGUCUACUGAAGAGGCAUCUGCAUCGCGACCGAAACCUGUCGUCAACUCCUACUCCGAGUCGGAUCUCGAGCUCGAGGUCGACCGGGCCACGACGGGGCCUACUGCGGUUUCUUUUGGGACCAGAGCAUCUGAUGAGAAGGACCUGUACGUCGUCACGAAUGGUGGGAUUAUCAAUCCCGUCGACGGGGUCGUCAGAGAGGCGCGACUGUUAAGAAUACAUCUUUAG